AUGUGUACAUAUCAUCAAUAUGGAUUAGACUAUAAUAAUAUCAAGGAGCAAGUUAUUGUCAUACAAGAUUUGCAGGAGCAAGUUAUUGUCAUACAAGAUUUGCAGGAGCAAGUUAUUAUCAUACAAGAUUUGCAGGAGCAAGUUAUUGUCACACAAGAUUUGCAGGAGCAAGUUAUUGUCACAGAAGAUUUGCAGGGGCAAGAGCAAGUUAUUAUCAUACAAGAUUUGCAGGAGCAAGUUAUUGUAACACAAGAUUUGUAA